AUAUAGUUGUGUGAAAUGUUUGAUGCUAAAUUAGCAAUAAUGAAAUUAAUAGUGUAUUUGGGAACAUUUUUUAAGAAAGUUCAAGAUAAUGUUUCAUUUCUAACUGUUUACCUGCUUGAAGGAUUUUGUUACAAGAAAAUCAAGAAGUGUACAUUUGAAAAGAUGCCUCACAAGCAGAGUGAAACCAAUAUAGGUUCCAUCCUGGGAUUUAUUAAUAAAAACCCAGAAUAUAAUCCAGAUCAAAUUCGAGUGCUCACACUUAAUGAUGGGGAACAUCAGGAUUCCACAUUAUAUCGUCUGCAGAAAGGCUGGAGACUGCAGUUUCGUCUUGGCCCUACUCUGUUUGGACGUCAUGUUGUUAUUUACUGUAAUCAUCCUGACUCAAUUGAGGAAGAGUUUGACAGGAAUCAGUAUAGGCCACUUCACUGGCAGUGUGAUUCAGGAACACCAUCAGGUGAUGAUACAUCAUCAUAUGCUGAAGUGUGCAUCAGAAGAGCUGGCUCAUUCCAUUAUUACUUCAUUUAUGAAGGAAGUGAUGUUCCAGGGCCUCAAGGGUCAGGAUUUUUCACAGUUGAUCCAGUCCUGACUUAUGGCUGUGAUGAAGUUUUACCACAAGAUUGUAUUCAAUGCCAAACAGUUCUAGCUAAAUGCUUAGGACCCUUUCACACAUGGGAGAAGAAACUUCAAGUUGCAAGGGAAAGUGGCUACAAUAUGAUCCAUUUUACACCAGUACAGGAACUUGGAGGAUCCAACUCAUCUUACAGCAUUAGUGAUCAAUUAAAACUGAAUCCACUGUUUAGUGAAGAAAACAAAACAGUAACAAUAAAUGAUGUUGAAUCACUGAUCACAAAGAUGAGAGAUGAAUGGAAAGUGGUGAGCAUCUGCGAUGUAGUUUUAAACCACACUGCCAAUGAAUCCCAGUGGCUCAAAGAACAUCCAGAAUGCACCUACAAUCUAGUCAAUUCACCACAUCUUCGGCCAGCAUAUCUACUCGAUGCUCUACUGCAUCAGCUUACAGUUGAAGUAGCAGAAGGAAAGUGGCAGUUUUCGGGCAUACCAUCUGAAGUAAAUUGUGAAGAACAUCUGUCAGCAAUUCGAAGUGCACUCCAUGGCUUUUUUCUUCCACAAAUUAAAGUGUCUGAGCUGUACAUGGUGGAUGUUAAUGCACUUGUAUCAGAAUUUCAGUCACUUGUAAGGAAAAGAUUACCACCAGUGCAAGUAGUUUCUCAGGAAAACAUGAAACUAAAGAUUACUCAAGAUCCCCAGUAUCGCCGAUUGAAGUCUAAUGUGGAUAUGGAAUUAGCCCUUCAGUUAUAUAAUGUAUAUAGGAGUGAUUGUUUUGAUGAAGAGACAAGGAUACGUAGGUGCACAGAGGAUUUCAAAAUGUGUCUGGAUAAAUUAAAUAAUGCCAUCCACCUGGAAGUGGAGGCACAUCUCCAGGCUGCAGUGAAUAAUACCAUUGCCAGUAUCCGGUACUUCAGAGUAGACAAGAAUGGACCACGAAUAAAACAAGUCUCUCUCAAGAAUCCAUUAGUUCCAAGGUAUUUUACUGAUUAUGGAGCAGCUGACAGCUUAAAAGAAUUUGAGGAUAUUAUGUACUCAGCUGAUGCGUGCUAUAUUAUGGCCCAUAAUGGAUGGGUUAUGAAUGAUGAUCCACUUCGCAAUUUUGCUUCACCAGAAAAUAAUGUUUAUUUGAGAAGAGAACUCAUUGCUUGGGGUGACAGUGUUAAAUUAAGAUAUGGUGAACGACCCGAGGACUGCCCAUUCUUGUGGCAGCGAAUGCAAGAAUAUGUAGAACAGACUGCUCGUGUAUUUGAUGGAAUACGGUUGGACAACUGUCAUUCAACUCCAAUACCAGUUGCAGAAUAUCUUCUUGAUGCAGCUCGAAGAGUUCGCCCUGACUUGUAUGUGGUUGCUGAGCUGUUUACUAAUUCUGACCAGAAAGACAAUAUUUUUGUCAAUAGACUUGGAAUCAGUUCACUCAUUAGAGAGGCAAUGUCAGCUUGGGACUCUCACGAGGAGGGACGACUUGUGUACCGAUAUGGUGGAGAACCUGUAGGUGCUUUCCACCAACCAUCACUUCGACCACUUGUUCCAUCAGUAGCACAUGCUUUGUUUUUAGAUUUAACACAUGAUAACCCUAGUCCCAUUGACAAAAGAUCUGUGUUUGAUUUGCUUCCAAGUACUGCUCUUGUGUCAAUGGCGUGCUGUGCAUCUGGUAGCAACAGAGGUUAUGAUGAACUGGUUCCACAUCAUAUUCAUGUAGUUGAUGAAUUCAGACAGUAUGCUGCUUGGACUGAAGAUGAUGAUGCAUCAGAAGGUGUUGGAAUUCGCUCAGGCAUUAUUUCAGCUAAAAAGGCUUUGAACAAAUUACAUUUUGAUUUGGGAAUGUCUGGCUUUAACCAGGUAUUUGUUGAUCAAAUGGAUGCUGACAUUGUUGCUGUUACUCGGCACUGUCCUGCUACCCAUCAGUCUGUGGUUUUGGUGGCAUACACAGCGUUCCGGCAUCCAGACACAUAUUUCAGUCGUGGGUUUGUAAAACCAUUGAGAGUAGAAGGCACUGUUGAUGAGGUCAUUUUGGAAGCAUCACUUUCCCACAAGAAUGCAAAGUCUGGAGGGGGUAGAUUUCAGAAAUACGAUAACUUUGUGAAAGAUGAAAAGAGAAUAAAUGGCCUACAGGAUUAUGAAGUAGAACUGAAGGAACAUAUUCCAUUGAGUGAGUCUCAGAUGCUUCAAACUGGAGAUUCUGGUGAUGCAAAUGUCACACAGAUAAAUUUUAAAAAUUUUCAACCUGGAUCAGUGGUUGCAAUCAAGGUUUCACUUCAUAACAAGGCAGCAGAGGCCAUUAAAAAAUUGCGAAAUUUUGUAUGGCUGAGCAGUCUACCUCAACAAGAUGCAAGCUCUCAUGAUCUAGUAACUGAACUGAGCAAUAUUCUCUCAUCACUAAGUCUUUCUGAUUUAAAUGAAGCAUUGUACCGCUGUGAUAGUGAGGAACUGGAUCAUGGGAAAGGAAUUGGAGUGUAUAACAUCCCAGGUUUUGGUUCUUUGGUUUACUGUGGUUUGCAAGGAUUUAUGUCACUGCUUUGUGAUAUAACGCCAAUCAAUGAUCUUGGACAUCCAUUUUGUAACAAUCUACGGGAAGGAAACUGGAUGAUAGAUUAUAUUUCUCAUCGGCUCAAACAGUACUCGGGCACUAUUGAACUUGGUCUGUGGCUGGAGAAGAGCAUGGCACCUCUAAAAGAAAUUCCACGUUAUUUGGUGCCAAGUUAUUUUGCUGUCAUCAUUUCACUGACAUACUUGCGCUUACUAAACCAAGCAUGGAGUCUGAUGUCAUUAUUUAUUAAGGAUGGCUCAACUUUCUUGAGAGGUUUGGCACUAGGGUCUGUACAGUGUGCAUCUGUUGUGCACUCGUCACCAUUGCCACAGUUAUCACCAAAUUUAGCAGCUCCAUUGCCACUAACAAGACUAGAUAGUGAAGGAAAAGAAGUGCAGGCUUGUGUAACUCUUUCAGCAGGUUUACCUCAUUUUGCAACUGGUUAUGUACGCAACUGGGGCAGAGACACUUUCAUUGCACUAAGAGGUCUAUUCAUCCUAACAGGCAGAUACCAAGAUGCAAGGUAUCACAUUCUUGCUUAUGCUGCUUGCUUACGCCAUGGACUUAUACCUAAUCUCUUAGAUGGAGGAAGCAAGGCUCGUUUCAAUUGUCGUGAUGCAGUAUGGUGGUGGCUGCACUGCAUUCAUAGUUAUGUUAAUGAAGCUCCAGAUGGACAUAACAUUCUUAAAGACAAAGUGUCAAGACUUUUCCCAACAGAUGAUUCUCCAGCACUCCCUGCUGGUCAAGUUGAUCAGCCUCUCCAUGAUGUCAUGCAAGAGGCACUAAGUGUUCAUUUCCAAGGCCUUUGCUUCCGAGAGCGUAAUGCUGGUCGAAGUAUUGAUGCACAUAUGACUGACAAAGGCUUCAACAAUCAAAUAGGUGUACAUCCAGAAACAGGUUUUGUCUUUGGAGGAAAUUCAUACAACUGUGGGACAUGGAUGGACAAAAUGGGUUCCAGUGAUAAGGCUGGCAACAGGGGGAAACCAGCAACCCCACGUGAUGGAAGUGCUGUAGAAAUUGUAGCACUGUGUAAAUCAACCUUAAGAUGGCUUGCAAGUCUUCAUGAACAGGGACGUUUCCCAUACAGCAGUGUACAACGGAGUAGCAAGAAUGGUACUCUAAUUACAUGGACAUACAAACAAUGGGAAGAAAAAAUUGCAACAAAUUUUGAAAAAUGUUUUUACAUUGAUGUUGAAUUAUCUCCUAAUGAGCCACGCCCGGAUUUGGUGCAUCGCCGUGGUAUAUAUAAAGAUACAUAUAAAGCAAGUCAGCCUUGGGCAGAUUAUCAGCUGCGUUGCAACUUCCCUAUUGCCAUGGUGGUUGCACCAGAAAUGUUUGAGCCGAAACAUGCUUGGAUAGCAUUGAAGAAGGUAGAAGAACUGCUUCUGGGCCCACUUGGGAUGAAAACUCUUGAUCCAGCUGACUGGAACUAUUGUGGAGAUUAUGAUAAUGCUAAUGAUUCUGCUGAUCCUAAAGUGGCUCAUGGAUUCAAUUACCACCAGGGACCAGAAUGGGUGUGGCCACUUGGAUACUUCCUUCGAGCGUGCUUACACUUUGCUCGAGAAGUUGGUGGAAUUGCUGAGUUGGAGCGUACUGCUGCACGUGUUCGAUCUAUCUUGGCCAAACAUUUCACAGUUUUACAAACAUCGCCGUGGAGAGGCCUGCCUGAACUUACGAAUAAAGAUGGGGCUUACUGUAAUCACAGUUGUCAAACACAGGCAUGGAGCAUGGCAUCCAUUAUAGAGGUGCUACAUGAUCUGAAUCAACUUCAGGAAAGCCACCCUAUCAUUCUCGACUCUUCUAGUAACUGACUGCACCUUGCGUGUGUAAAUCCAUCUAAACACCAGAGGGGGCCCAUGACUUCACACGCAUUACAUGAUGUCCCACUAACUUCUGGCCCCCCUAUUGCCCGUGCUGUUACGGCAAGUAAUGUUGUUUAUAGUGAUAGGUUCUUCAGAU